AUGGAUAUAAAACUAACUGUUCAGAUGGGCACCCCAUCGUUACACUUGGAUUUCGGUUCAAAGUGUCAGAACCAAAGUUUUCGGCACGCGGAGUUACGUGAAGUGCUAUUCCUUUAUCUUCGUGGAUCUGAGCUUCAACCGGUAUUAUGUAGGUACACAUGUCAGUGUGAUUUGGAAAAUUGGUUGGAUACGACAUACUGGAUGUUGGAGGAUAAGCGGGAGGGACAUCUUGUGGAGGGGAAUAAGGCUGUGCCUGUUUUUCAAGCUGAAGGUGAAUUAAUUGUUGAAGAAGGAGCAGUUGCAGCUGUCCUGUGGUAUCUUGAUCGAAAGCAUGAUUUUCAGCAGUAUUUGAUGGAGGAAUUAAAAGACCAGAGUGUGCAUCCACAUCCUCUGCUUCAUGAACAGGAUAUCCCAUACCAGCAUGACUGGUGGAUUGAGGAAAGAAGAACCCAUGGCAAAGGGGUUGAUGGUGUAUCUGAGGAUGCAUUGGUUGAGACUGUCGUAAACAACCGUCUGAUUCUGGCAGUGUCAAAGGUAGGUCUGUUGGCGUCAACGGAAUGA